GUAACGGUCUAGUAUUAGUGUCUUAUAUUUGGUAACUGUAAUACUUACCUAUCCCUAGGCCCUACUUAUUGAUAGAGUUCUAAACACUUCUCAGCACGAUGACUAUUUAAAUUUGGUAUUGCCGGGUACACAUUAGAUUAACGUGUCGACGCAUGGGCAGUGGACAACAAAACAGGCAGCUUUAUCGCGCAUCACAUACUAAAUAAAUUUUAUUGGUAUUCUACUGCGCGUCAGCCUUAAUGUGAAUCCGGCUUUACACAGUCGCACUUCCGGACGACAAGCAUCGCAAUCCAAACAGUUAAAGCCAGGUGCACACAGGUGAAGAAAUUUGGUAUUGCAAAGGUGAAAUUCAGUGAAUAGGAGAAUAAUGGCACUUAUACUGAAGGGAGCGGUGAAACUCUACUUCCAUCUGAACGAAGAGAUUGCCGAUCAUAGGACACAAAACUGGCCAUUGAUGAGGACACCGUGGCCCGGAAUCGCGUUACUGGUCUUUUAUUUGAUGACAGUACUCAAUUGGCUCCCGAAAUAUAUGGAGAAUAGACCAGCCUGCGACCUGCGCAAAGUGAUAGCUCUGUACAACGCAUUGCAAAUCGCCUGCUGCGUGUACGUACUUUAUCAGGGUCUGAAGUUGGGAUGGUUGAGUCACUACAAACUGAUUUGCAAUCCAUUGGAAUAUGGGCCGCAAGCUGACGAGUAUGCAUGGAAAGUUUGCUACACCUACUUCCUCAUUAAAGUCGUGGAUCUGUUCGAUACAGUAUUUUUUGUCCUGAGAAAAAAACAAAACCAGGUGUCAUUUCUGCACGUGUAUCACCAUUUUGGGAUGGUCGCUGUUGCCUGGGGAAUGGUUAAGUGGUUGCCAGGGGGCCACACCUCGUUCUUGGUGGUCGUGAAUUCAUUCGUCCACAUCAUCAUGUACAUGUAUUACUUGCUGACCACCUGGGACGAUUCCUACAAGCAGUCGGUCUGGUGGAAGAAACACGUCACUCAAAUACAAAUUUUGCAGUUCUCAAUACUUUUCAUUCACUUCUGCGUGUUGGCGUUCGCAAAGGAGUGCCCCUUCCCGAGGGAGCCGGCCUACAUCCUCAUACCGCAGAACCUCUUCAUGGUGAUCCUAUUCAGUGAUUUCUACUAUCGAACCUACAUUAAGCCUAACAAAACUAUAAAGAAUAAAUAGAAUUCUGUUCA